UGGCAUCCUCUCCUCGCCUUCAGUUCACUCUCAGACGUAAGGGGAGGAGGGUGCGUGUUACUCCUCCUCAUGCAACAUUGACUCUCUCAGUGGGACAAAUAUUACACUUGAGGAAUUCCUGAAGCACAGUGCGGCCAUAGGAAGUGAAAAGUGAAGAAAAAUUUAAAGUGAGUGACAGUGACCCAGUGAAAUAAAGUGAAGGAAGGAAAGACUACUACAACUACUACUACUACUACUACUACUACUACUACCGCUACUACUACUACUACUACUACGACUCGGAAGUGAUAGAAGGUAGUAGUUAACGCAUCACCAACCUCACCAUCACUACAACAACAACAACAACAACAACAACAACAACAACAACAGAAGAGAUGGAAAAGAAGCAUCGGUGGUGGUGGUGGUGGCGGUGAUGGUGAAGACUUUUCCACCGAUGAUGAUGAUGACGGUGAUGGUGAAGGUGGGCUGAGUGAGUCGCGCCCGGAGUCAGCGUAGAGGUGAAGGCCGCUGCGCCCAGCCUCCCAGCACCAUGUGAGUCAGCUCCCCGCAAGUGCUGACGGGUGCUGACUGCUGCUGCUGUCGCCCACCCACCUACCUACUCACUCACUCCCCCAGCGCCGCGUGUAGUGGUGGUGGUGGUGGCGGUGGGCGGACGGCAAACUAACCUAAACCGAACCAACCACGGAAGGAGGAGAAAAGAACCCGAAAAAGAGGCGAGAAUCGAAGCAAGAAGAGAUGGGCAUGGUGGAGGUCGGCCUGAGAGUGGUGAGGGGGCCGGACUGGAAAUGGGGCGAACAGGAUGGAGGGGCAGGGCACGCGGGGACGGUGGUGGAGGUGGGUCGUCCGGGCUCGUCCACCACCCCCGACAGGACAGUGGUAGUGCAGUGGGACGCUGGGGCAAGGACCAACUAUCGCGUGGGUUACCAGGCUGCCCACGACCUGACCCUGCUGGAUAAUGCUCCGAUUGGCGUGAAGCAUCCCAGCCACAUAUGCGAUGGGUGCCGGCAGACGGCCAUCUCGGGCAUACGAUGGAAAUGCAACUCCUGCUUCGACUACGACCUCUGCACCAACUGUUACAUGGGCGACAAGCACGACCUGGCGCACCCCUUCAUCCGCUACGAGACGGCGUCCUCCAAGGGGGUUGACGUGGGAGCGAGGAAGAAUGCAGAGAAGAUUCCACUCCAGGGCAUUUUCACCGGGGCCAAGGUUCAGCGAGGCCCCGACUGGGAUUGGGGGAACCAGGACGGGGGAGAAGGCAAGCAUGGUAAGGUGACAGAGAUCCGUGGCUGGGACAACGAGUCGGGUCGCUCUGUAGCCAACGUGACCUGGGCCAGCGGGUCAACCAACGUGUACCGGGUGGGCCACAAGGGCAAGGUGGACCUCAAGGUGGUUUGGCCAGCCACGAACGGACAUAUCUACUUCCAUCACCUCCCCGUCCUUGGCAAGCAGGAAGAGUGCAGCAGCAGUGUUGAGGCAGCAGUGGCCCCCGUGCCCCGACACCUGCCCUUCGCGGUGGGGGAGCGGGUGCGUGUGGUGGUGAGUGUGGAUGAGCUGCGCACGAUGCAGGAAGGUCACGGUGGCUGGAACCACAAGAUGGCCGAGUUCCUCGACAAGGUGGGCGUGGUACAUCGCAUCACGGACAAGGGUGAUGUGCGGGUGCAGUACGAGGGCUACGCCACGCGCUGGACCAUACACCCGCAGGCCCUGGCACGGGUUACCUCCUACUCCCCCGGCGAUGUGGUCACUGUCAUAUCAGACGUCGCCAAGGUGAAGGAGUUCCAGAAGGGGCACGGCGAGUGGAUCGAGUACAUGAUCAGUGCCCUGGGAAAGACCGGUGUCGUGGCUCGUGUGUACUCCGACGGGGACCUGCGAGUGAACGUGGAGGGCAAGACUUGGACCUUCAACCCCCUGUGUGUGGUGCCGGCCCCCCGCAGCGCCGAGUACAACAACACCAUGCGGGCCAAUGAGCGCCAGGACCACAACACCGAGGGAGGGACGUCAGGUGGAGGUCACAUGGCAACCAUCCUGCACCAGCUGCUGGACUCUGAGGCAGACUCUACUGUGGUGGACCACCUGGUGAGGGAGGCGGCCCAGGGCCACACCCAGGCUGUGGCGCACCUCCUGGAGAAACAGCCAGACAAGGUUGACGGCAAAAGCUCAGGGAAGACGUGCCUGCAAGUGGCAUGUCACCAGGGCCACAUGGACAUGGUGCGCCUCCUCCUGGACCACAAGGCAUCGCUCGACAUAGCGGAUGAUGAUGGUGACCUUGCCCUCCACUACGCUGCCUUUGGAAACCAGCCAGAGAUCAUGGAGCUGCUGCUGAGGAAGGGCGCCUCCAUCAACGUGGUGAACAAGGCUCGCUGCUCGGCCCUCCACGUGGCAGUCAACAAGCAGCAUGCGGCCUGCGUCAAGGUGCUCGUCAAAUACAACUGUGAUGUCAACGUCCAGGACUCAUAUGGGGACACAGCCCUGCACGACGCAAUAGGGAAGGAGAGCGUGGAGAUCCUGGAGCUGCUGGGCAACUGUCCGCACCUGGACGUGACACUGCGCAACAAGAGGGGCUUCAACGUCCUGCACCAUGCCGCCCUCAAAGGGAACAAUUUUGCGGCUGAGAAAUUAGUGCUGCGGUCGAGGCAGCUGGUGGACGUGAGGAAGGAGGACGGGUUUGCGGCACUGCACUUGGCGGCUCUCAAUGGGCAUCGGCAGGUGGCGGAGACCCUCAUCACCCUGGGCAAGGCAGCCGUCAACAUCACCAAUAACAAGAGGCAGACGCCCCUCCUGCUGGCGGUGUCUCAGGGUCACUGUGGUGUGGUGGAACUGCUGGUGAACCACAGUGCAGACAUCACCGCCUGUGACGAGGAUGGGGACACUCCGCUCCACCUGGCACUGCUGAAAAACUCCACCACCUCCCUCACGCACCCCACGCAUGCACCCAACAUCACCAAGAUCCUGGCAGACAUCGGGCAACGUGGCUUCAAGAACAACGUGUCCCUGGCGUUGGCUUGCUUCCUGGCACAGCGAGGGUGUAGCGUGACAUCCGCCAACCACCGCAAUAAGACACCGCUUGACCUUAUCAAUGACACCAACACCAUUGACCUCCUGCAGAGCUACACACCCCAGGCUGGUGGAGGCAGCUUGGCACGCAUUGAGAUGGACCUGAAGGCCCUGGACCUGGCUGCUGAGAGCCUCCGCCACCACAAGAUUGACCAGGUCUCUUCAGAGUGUCCUGGCAGCCCCUUAAUCCAUCCCAAGCCCCGGUCCUUCUCCCAGCCUGUUAGUCCAGCCAGGGUGGUUGGGGAGACCAGCAAGGGGGCACCCAUAGGCCAGGAGCCUAUGAAUGACUGUGAUGUAGAAAAGCAGGUGGAGGAGGACAGUGGGGAGUGCUCCAUCUGUGUGGAGUGUCCAGCAGAGGUGGUGUUCCAGCCAUGUGGACACUGCCUCACCUGUGAAGACUGUUCUACCAGGAUCAAGAAGUGCUUCCAGUGUCAUAUGGUCAUCAUGUCAAAAAUCACCAAAGAUGGCAGAACAGUCUCCAGCAAGGCGAGGCAGCCAUCAGCAGAGCGACUGCGGUAUCUAGAGACCAAAAUAGCAGAGAUAGAGGAGGCCCACUGCUGCAGCAUAUGUAUGGAGCGGCGCAGAAAUGUAGCGUUCCUAUGUGGACAUGGUGCAUGUGUCAUCUGUGCUCAGACACUCAAGACUUGUCACAUGUGCCGCAAGCCAAUAUCCAAGAAAAUUAAUUUAUACUAAAAUAUAAAAUAUAGAUAAAGUGGACUGUAAGCUGUGUUUGUAGCUUACAUGUUGUGAAUAUUACUUAAUUUUCUUAGUUUAAAGAAAAGAGUUAUUUAAUUUUGGUCAGAAGUACCAUGACACUAACUUAUAAAAGACAGUGAGUGAAAAAGUGAUAGUUUAUUCCAUCUCUGAAAAAUGGAACUUUUUAUGCUUCCAUGUGCAUAAUGUCAUGGCAGACCCUCAAAAACCUUGCCAUUUUUAAGUUAUGAAAACCUGGUGCUACAAAGUUUGUUUUUAAUUGAUAAGUUAUAAGUUCUACACUAAAGGAAUUGAUGGAAUCAUCUGAAAGACACCACAACACACUGUGAACUGAACAGCAAGUCAGCACACAAUCAGCAUAACACGUGGUGCUCUACCUGCCAAUGCAAGUGUGUAGCGAGGGCACAAAUAUAGUCAGUAUGUGUAGUGAAACCUUAUCUAAAGCUCUCCAGUGACUGAAUUCAUCAUAUCAUAAGUUCUGUCUUGUUUCUCUUUCAUAUUUGUGAUAUUUAGGAGGAAUGGUGGUUUGUGUCAAAAGUAGUCACUUCCCUGCUUCUUGUGCCUGAGAAUGGCAACUGUAAGGCAGCAGCAGGGCAAGCAGUGCAGGCAGCGUGUUCAGCAGUCUAGGGAUAUCUUAUCAGGGAGGCAAGCAGUGUGUGUGUGAGGUUGUGUGGUGAGUUGCAGAGUGAGUGUUGCUGAAUAUGCACCCAGCGUCUCAGAGCUAAUAAAGUACAUACAUCAUUGGUCUCUGCCAGUCCAAAUUACACUGCAGGUAAUAAGAGGAUAUAUAUCAUUGAGUCAAGAGAGUUUUUGGAUUUAUGAUUAUACAAACUUGAGACUUGGGGUGCUUUGUAAAACAUAGGUAGUGUGUGAGGACUGAAACAUAUCACUUCAUCUGUGAAACUGCUGUUCUAUGUUAUUCAGCCGUGCACGCUGUAUACUACUUCAGUUCUGAAUAAUUUGUGUAAGUCUGACUAGCAAGUGCAUGUUAUGUAUGUGUUAUGCCACUCGCUGCUGCUGACUUGACCACACAGGCGAGGCGAGGGAAUGUCUGCCUCAGCUGAAAGAUUGCUUAGUUGCUGAUUUUAUGUUAAGCCUUGAGGCAUUCCUAAGUCAUUCAUCCACCAGUCCAAGACUUCCCCCUAGGGCACCACCUAAAGUCCAAGUCCACUGCCUCCCCCAGGAGUUCCCUUACAUUUUUCUCUGCUAUGACAUACACAAAAAAUGGUAGACUAUUAAUUAACAGGAGGAGUGGGCUAGUCCAUUUUAGGUGCUAUUUAUUCUGUGACUCUUAUCUGCAUAAGAAAACAUAUUUUAGUGCAGCCUCUUAUAAUCUUAAUAUGCAUAAUUUAUAGCAAGGUUUCACAGGACAAGUAGUGGAUGAGGUAGAGUAGUGUUUUGACUGAAGACUUAAAAAGUUCAUGAUACAUAGUCUCUUGUGCACAAGAUGAAUGGUGACUUCUGGUGUCCACAAUGUGUGAGUCUAUCCCAGUCUUCCCCCAUGAGGGUGAUGCACAGCUGACCUCCAUGGGGCAGCCUCCUAUGUCCUAUCCUUCAUGUAGUGGUUAGCAGCUUGGCAACACACACACACACACACACACACACACACACACACACACACACACACACACACACACACACACAACUGUUGUGUUGCCAAUAUAACAAGUUCCUUUUACUGUAUAACCAAGUUUGUACUUCACUUGUAGCACAGAGGGUGAACGCACCGAGGUGGGAGGACAGACAGCAAGAACCACAGCUGUCUUGGCAUAAUUAUGUAAUCUCUUGUUUUGGCACCAUUUAAGAAUUAAUUAAUUGCUCUCUCUCUCUCUCUCUCUCUCUCUCUCUCUCUCUCUCUCUCUCUCUCUCUCUCUCUCUCUCUCUCUCUCUCUCUCUCUCUCUCUCUCUCUCUCUCUCUCUCUGCCAAUGAUGAUGAUGAUGAAAAGGGACCAUAUCCUGUCACACACACACACACACACACACACACACACACACACACACACACACACACACACACAGGAGUUGGACACCAUUGAAAGUAUAAGCAUUGUCAGUCUCCUAUAUUGGGUUUGAUGUAUAUUUAUCAAGGAGAAUACACAAAGGACGAGUGCAAUAAUUCACCAAACUGAACAUGGUAUCACCCAAAUACUACCUUACUGCCUCUAAGGUUUGCCAAGGAACACACUCGAGGAAGGAGCCUAAACCACGGGGACUUAAGUGCAGCUGUUUCCCAAAGCUCGUUUAUACUGAAAGAUAAUAAAAAUAAACUUCCCUUCCCU